CGAGCUCCGUUUUGCACAACCUCGUAACAUCGGGUCAUCUCGUGUUCCAGUCGGAUAGCCUUUCAACCCUUCACCACACCCACGUCAAUUGGGAUACCUGGGAUUCAAAAUGUCUGCCCCUUCGCUCGCCAGUUACAUCGUCAAGCGCCCAUGGCUCAAGAGCUGGCUCACCCCUCUCUCCCACUGGUACACUGAUGCCGCGGGUUACAGGAGACUCGGACUCAAGUUCGAUGACCUGAUCCCUGAGGAGAGCGAGAACGUUCAGAAGGCCAUCAAGCGUCUGCCUGCCAAGGAGGCCUAUGACCGUGUCUUCCGUAUCCGCCGUGCUUUCCAGUGCUCCAUUUCCCACACUCUCCUUCCUGCUCACGAGCAGAUCAAGCCCGAGGAGGACGUCGAGUACCUCAGCCCCAUCAUCCGCGAGAUUGAGAAGGAGGCUAAGGAGCGUGCUGAGCUUGACAACCUUGUUGUCCGCAAGUAA